CUUUCUCGCCUUCUUGUUCACAAUCGCAUGGCCUGGAGUCCCUGGACUAGGAAUAGUACGAGACGGUACGGAGGAGGAAAAAUGAGAGCUUGCGGUGAGUGAGGAGGUAAUCUGCAACUGGCCGGAGUCUGGGGUAAGGGGAUCACUCAAAGGCGGCAUUUUGCUUAACCUGCCGCUGAUGUGGAACGCCGGGAUUCACCUGUCUCCGGUGGAUUUGUUUUCUCGCCGGCUAAUGGGCCUUACCGCUGUUCCGAUGCAGGGCGGCCUCAAUCUGCUUGUAUGAAGCCGGUCUCGGAGCAAUCGCCCGAGGAGCAGCAUAACAACAUGCAAGGGGGAAAGUAUGGCGGCGGCCGUAACCCUACCACGCGGGUCGAGCGGCUGCUCCGCGACAGAGAACUCAGGAAGAUCAACAGGGCAUUCCUUCAGGACGAGGCAGGAAGCAGCGGCGACGGCGGUGAGGAGGCGGAGUCUCCCGAGCAUCCCAUGGAGUACGGAACUGGGAAGGAUAUCGGCGUCGAGCUCGAUGAGGAGAUAACAGAUGGUCCCUCUACUCCGGUGACCAUGAUGGGAGCGAGAAGCAGGAGAAACAAGGGAAAGCCCAUGAAACAGCGGUUGCUUGUCGUCGCGAAUAGGCUGCCCGUGUCUGCAGUCCGGAAGGGGGAGGAUUCGUGGUCUUUGGAGAUCAGUGCCGGCGGGCUCGUCAGCGCGCUACUCGGUGUAAAGGAUGUCGAUGCCAGGUGGAUUGGCUGGGCUGGCGUCAAUGUGCCCGAUGAAGUUGGCCAGAGGGCACUUACAAAGGCAUUGGCUGAAAAGAGAUGUAUUCCGGUUUUCCUUGAUGAAGAAAUUGUACAUCUGUAUUACAAUGGCUACUGCAACAACAUGCUCUGGCCUCUUUUUCAUUAUAUUGGGCUUCCACAAGAAGAUCGAUUGGCGACCACCCGCAGCUUCCAAUCUCAGUUUGAUGCAUAUAAGCGUGCGAACCAGAUGUUUGCUGACGUCGUGAAUAAGCAUUACCAAGAAGGCGAUGUGGUCUGGUGUCAUGAUUACCAUCUAAUGUUUCUUCCUAAAUGUCUCAAGGAGCACAAUAGCAACAUGAAAGUUGGUUGGUUUCUUCACACACCUUUCCCUUCUUCAGAAAUCCACAGGACCCUGCCAUCUCGAUCUGAUUUACUAAGAUCAGUUCUUGCUGCUGAUCUUGUCGGGUUUCACACAUAUGAUUAUGCGAGACAUUUUGUUAGUGCCUGCACUCGCAUUCUUGGACUUGAGGGUACACCUGAAGGGGUGGAAGACCAAGGAAGGCUGACUAGGGUGGCUGCAUUUCCUAUUGGAAUAGAUGCUGAUCGAUUUAAACGAGCACUUGAGCUUCCUGCUGUCAAAGAGCACAUUCAUGAGUUGAGGAAUAGAUUUAAAGGUCGGAAGGUAAUGCUGGGUGUAGAUCGUCUGGAUAUGAUUAAAGGGAUUCCCCAAAAGAUUUUAGCUUUUGAGAAGUUCCUAGAAGAAAAUCCAAUAUGGCGUGGCAAAGUAGUCUUGCUCCAAAUAGCUGUUCCGACAAGAACUGAUGUUCCUGAAUAUCAAAAGCUUACUAGCCAGGUUCAUGAAAUUGUGGGUCGUAUAAAUGGUCGAUUUGGAACGCUUACAGCUGUUCCAAUCCAUCAUCUGGAUCGGUCCCUUGACUUUCAUGCAUUAUGUGCUCUCUAUGCGGUUACUGAUGUGGCUUUAGUGACGUCAUUGCGAGAUGGAAUGAAUCUUGUAAGCUAUGAGUUUGUAGCAUGCCAAGGGCAAACCAAAGGAGUUCUCAUUUUAAGUGAAUUUGCAGGAGCAGCACAAUCCCUUGGAGCUGGUGCUCUUUUAGUUAACCCAUGGAACAUCACAGAGGUUGCUACUUCUAUUGAAUAUGCAUUGAACAUGACUCCUGACGAGAGGGAGAAGCGGCACAGGCAUAACUAUGCACAUGUGACUACACACACUGCUCAAGAUUGGGCAGAAACGUUUGUGAGUGAACUCAAUGAUACUGUUGUUGAAGCUCAGCUUAGAACAAGACAAAUUCCUCCUAUGCUUCCUAUGAGUACUGCUGUGGACCGGUAUUUGCAAUCCAUGAAUCGAUUGGUUAUCUUGGGUUUCAAUUCAACAUUAACUGAAUCAAUUGAGUCGACCGGAAGGAGAGGGGGUGAUCAGAUCAAAGAAAUGGAGCUCAAGUUGCAUCCAGAGUUGAAAGCGUCACUAACAGCAAUGUGUAACGAUGCACAAACUACAGUAGUUGUCCUCAGUGGAAGUGACAGAAUCGUUUUAGAUGAUAACUUCGGAGAGUAUAAUAUGUGGCUUGCGGCAGAAAAUGGUAUGUUUCUGCGACAAACAGGUGGAGACUGGAUGACAACAAUGCCAGAGCACCUUAAUAUGGACUGGGUAGACAGCGUAAAGCAUGUCUUCGAGUAUUUCACUGAGAGAACACCUAGGUCUCAUUUUGAGCAUCGUGAGACGUCUCUUGUUUGGAACUAUAAAUACGCAGAUGUUGAAUUUGGAAGGCUUCAAGCACGAGAUAUGUUGCAGCACUUGUGGACGGGUCCUAUUUCAAAUGCAGCAGUCGAUGUUGUCCAAGGUAGCCGAUCGGUGGAGGUUCGCUCUGUUGGUGUUACGAAGGGUGCCGCAAUUGAUCGGAUAUUGGGAGAAAUAGUUCAUAGCAAAAGCAUGGUUACACCAAUCGACUAUGUUUUGUGCGUCGGGCAUUUCCUUGGGAAGGACGAGGAUCUCUAUACUUUCUUCGAGCCAGAACUUCCGUCUGAACCUGCAAAUUCCUUGAGAAUGAAAAUAUCUGAAGCCAGCAAACCAGCCCCCGACAAAAAACCCGCCGGAAGAUCAUCGAGUAUCAGGAACAACUCCAGGGGAUCACAUGUAAAAUCUCAAAGGACUCCCGUAGGAUCAGAAAAGAAGAUGUCUGCAAACCACAACAUCCCUGCUGGCUGGCGAUCUCCUCAAGAGGCAAUGUCAUGGCGCGAGGGGUCUUCGGUGCUCGAUCUCAAAGGCGACAACUACUUCUCUUGCGCUGUCGGGAGGAAGUGUUCGAACGCAAGGUAUUUGCUCAACUCAUCGGACGAAGUGGUGGCAUUCCUCAAGAAGCUGGCUGAGGCAGCUUGUGUAGGUGUUUGCAAGGAAUGCUGAUACCCUUUAGGCGAUAGAUUUCAGCUGAUCAGUUUAGCUAUCGGAGUGUGUAUACCGUUAUCGACCGAUGCAAUUCACGCGCAAAGUCAUCCUUGUGAGGGAGCAAAGCAUUUGUAUAUGAUAUUUAUUCGUAUAAUUGCGUAUCGUGGAGAGAUAGAAUAAUGGGCAUUUCAUGCUCUUGAGGGAAUGUAACUACCAUGGAAUAACAUCAAUCUGCCCUUCAAA